UAACCACUUCACCACCGUGUGGCCCGACAAACAUACAGAUCAUUCAAAUAGUUUGUAUCAGUUCCAAUAAAUCAGAUGCUAAUCUCAAAAAAAGUCUCCUUCUGUCAGUGUUAUGAAGGCAUAGAGGACAGAUACCCUAGAACAUUGUCUCCUGCUCUUAUCACAUUCCUUCAUCGAAAAACUGAGACGAACUCAUGGCGAAGAUGAAGUCAUUUUGUGGCAUGAUGACGUCUGAGCUUUAGAAGGAUGCGUGACGGUCUGAUAGCCUGAUGUCUGUCAGACUGGACAGACCAGUCAGGUGCCACGUUCCCUAAUGUCCUGUCACGCUCACCACGCAUCAGCGGGUCUAUAAGACGCCACACUGGCCAGCAAACUCGUCAGUCGUCCACUCACGCUCUCCAGGCGAAGUUCACUGAAGCUGCAGCCAUGACGACAAACUUGGUGAUGACCCAACCCCAACCCUAUGUCAUGACCACUGUAUCCAACCAAUGGACCUCUGACAUCUGUGACUGCUGUGAAGACCUGCCCAUGUGUUGCUUGGCCUGCUGGUGCCUUCCCUGCUUCACCUGUAAGACAUCAUACGAGGCCGGGGAGUGUGUGUGUUUACCACUGCUAGACGCUUAUGGAUGCAUUCCACCAAUGACCACAUCCCUCAGGGUGGCAGUACGUACGAGAUAUGGCAUUGAGGGCUCGAUCUGCAAAGACUGCGUGUUGUCCUGCUUCUGUGGGCCCUGCACCUGGUGUCAGAUCGCAAGAGAAAUCAAAACAAGGAAGAACCCCGUCUUCUCUGUCACCAUCUCGCGCUGAUAUCUUGAGUGAAAUGAACAUCAUCAUCAGGGAGUUCAGAGCCGCGGUGCACUAAUAUGAGAGGGUUCAAGUACGUCUGCCUCUGUGCUAUGUCACUGAGCAGCUGAUUAGAUCAUGAAAGUUUCAUUAUUUUCCUGGGAGGACAAGGAAAGCUAAGCAGAUUCUUAGCCUCUGUGGCACAAUUUUGAACUUAAUCAUUUUUAAUCCAUCCAUUUUUCCACCACGUUUGUUU